AUGAUUUAAUCUAGCUUUGCAAUAAUUCUUUAUCUGAAUUGUUUAAUCAAAGUUUUUGGAAUUCAAGAAACGAUAUCAACUUCAUUUAAGGAUAGCACUUUUUCUGAUGCUGAUAAUUGGGUUGUAGUUGGAGCCUAACCGUAAAUUACAUAAUGUUCAACUAAGACAUUGUUUGGAGGAUAUAAUAUUUUUGGAGCAAAAACAAGUAUUACAAAAACCAUAGCACUUCCACCCCAUUAUUAGUUAAAUAUGGCGUUUUUAUUUUGCAACAUUGAUAUAUCGAAUGUUUAUAUGCUUAUAGUCUAUUUUGAUUAGAAUAUUGGAUAUUCGGUUUAAGUAUCUCCAACUCAAGCAAAUUCGAUAUGUGGGAAUGGGGCAGUGGGCGACUCAUGCUCUAAUUUUAGGGCAACUUUUAGUCAUUCAAGUCCUACAGCCGUAAUUUUGGUCACUACUACUAUGACUUAACCAGCCGAUUAGCAAUUUUGGGGAAUUAGAGAUAUCAUUAUAUAUGUUGAUAAAUGUCCCGAUGGAUGCUUACUAUGCAAAGCUACUGAUUUAACUGUUUAAUGUUUAGGUUGGCAGGUAUUCCACACAAGUUGGGCCUAACUAAAUAUAAAUGAAAUAUCAUCCGAUGGUUGGAAUGUAAAUUUUGGAAUUGCUGAAGCAACAUAAUGUGGAUCUACGGCUUUAUUUGGUGGUUCUAACAAGUUCGGAGUGGAUACUGAUCUCAGUCAAUCUUUUUUUAACAUUCCAAAACAUGAUAAAUUGAGGAUUUAAUUUUUAUGGACGAAAAUUGAGUCCUGGAAUUAAGAAGCAGCAUCUAUGUUAGUAAAUGGUGCCAAGGUUUGGGAAACAAAAUUUUUGUCGUCUGAUGGUUAUAAUUGGUAGAUUUGUGGAGAACAACCAGACAAAAAUUUAAAAACAUGUUUUUAUAGAGUUGAUGUAGAAUUAAAUCAAACGAGUCAAUUAGAUAUCACUUUUACUACAAAUAUAUAUAGCACUACUUAGCAAUAGUCAUUUGGAAUCAGGGACUUUGUAAUUUAUACUAGAUAUUGCCCUUAAGGAACAUAUUGGACUGGGGUUUCCGAUUUCAUUUGUUAAUACUGCUACAAAUCAUGCUACAAAUGUGAUGGCCCAAAUUAAGAAGACUGCACUGAUUGCGGAGACCCUACGAUAUAUAAAAAAUAAUUAGUGGCUGGUUAAUGUAAAUGCAUAUCAAGAACAAUUGAAUAGGAUAACAUUGAUGGGACUACUUCAUGUUAAACUUGCAAUCCUAAAUGUGAGAGGUGUUAUAAGCCUUUUGAUAAUACUGUUAAUUAAUAUUGCACAAUGUGUUUAGAAGGUUUGAAUAGAGUUGUUUCUGAUUAAUUUAUGUGUGUUUGCAGAACAGGUUAUGGCGAGGAUGGCAUUUCUGAAGCUUGCUUUAAAUGUCAUUAUACUUGUGAACAUUGCAAUGGUUUCUUAGCAAAUAAUUGUACUACCUGCUCAUCCUAGUCUAAUCGUAUUCUGACUUCUGAUAAUCAAUGUAUAUGCAACAUAGGAUAUUAUGAUACUGGAAUCAAUGAUAUCAUCUGUAAAAAAAUUUGCCAUAAUACAUGCUCAAGUUGUACAUUAGCUGGAGUAGAUUAAUGUACAGGUUGUCCAAUUACAAGAAAACCUGAUAGAACAGGAACCACUUUUCAAUGCUUGUGCAAAAAUUCUCACUAAUAUAGUGACGAAACAAAAUUAGAAUGUUAAGAAUGUCAUUUAACUUGCUUAACUUGUAAUGGCGGUUAGGAUAGUAACUGUUUAACCUGCGACAUUGCUUAUCGGAAAUUAUCAAUGUAGAAAUGUAUUUGUCCUAAUGGAUAUUAUGACAAAGGCUAGUUAAUCUGCUCCCCUUGCCAUAAGAAGUGUAUGACCUGCUUUGGUCCAGCUGAAAAUAAUUGUCUAACUUGUUCCAAUAGUAACAAUAGAGUAUUCAAGACUAAUCUGUGUAUAUGUCCAGAUACAUAUAUGGAAAAAUAAGUUGGUGAUGUUAUGUGCUACAAAUGCUCAUAUCGCUGUUCUAGUUGCAGUGUUAAAAUAGAAAAUUGUACAGCAUGUCCACUCUAAUCUUAUAGGGAUUUAGGAACGGAUAAUUCAUGCUCUUGCCAAGCUAAUAUGUAUGACUAACUCAAUAAUCCAAUUUGCAUUCCCUGUCAUUACACUUGCUUAACAUGUAAAGGACCUGAAUCAAAUUAAUGCUCAUCCUGUUAUACAUAAAUUAUGAGACAAUUGGAUCCAUCAGGGUCUUGUUUAUGUAUGAAUAGCUACUAUGAUCCUGGAAAAGCUGGUUGUUUAGGUAUAAAUCAAACUAUUUUAGCAUGCAAUCCCCGUUGUUUGAAUUGUGCAAUCUCUGCUGAUAAUUGUAUAUCUUGUAAAUCAGAUAGAUACUUACAGGGGAAUACUUGUAUUUGCUAAAACAAGAUAAAUGGUGCUCUCAUAAGCAAAUACGAAAAAUCAGGCAAAGUUGAUUGUCUAAGUUGUCAUUAUUCUUGCUUAGAUUGCUAUGGAUCCGAAUUUAAUCAAUGUACUAAAUGUUUGGAUAGUGAGGGUAGAAUUUUGUCUAAUUCUACUUGUCUUUGUGCCUCCCCUAAUAUUGAUAUUGGAAAACCAUAAUGUUAAUGUUUAAUUUUAGAAAUAAAUACUAGAAUGCCAAUAUAGUUGUGA